GACGCGGACGCGGCGACUGGGCGCUUCCGCAAAAAUGGCGGCGGCGGCGGGCGGCGCGCGGCUGGUGGCCUGGGGCGGAAGGCUGCGGCGCCUGCUGGCUGCAGGCCGGCGGGCCUGGCCAAGCUCCGGGCCCGUGGCGGCGGCAGUGGUCGGCGUGGCCCUGGCGGGAGCAGGAGCAGCGUGGUACCACGGCCGCGUGAAUAUGGCAGCGUCCCAGGGCGGCCUCACCGUGGUAGCCCAGAAAAGUGUGGACUCUGGAGAGAUGAAAGGGAAACCAUCUCCUCGUAAACAGCGCUUCAUGCAGUUUUCCUCACUGGAACACGGGGGAGAGUAUUACAUGACACCACGGGACUUCCUCUUCUCAGUAAUGUUUGACCAAAUCGAACGUAAAACUUCAGUCAAGAGGCUGACAAAUAAGGAUAUUGAGGACGUACUGACAGGAAUCAAAAGAGCUGGUUGUGGAUCAACUUUUUUUAGAGACCUUGGCGAUAAAGGGCUGAUUUCAUAUACCGAGUAUCUUUUCUUGCUUACAAUCCUCACUAAACCCCAUACCGGGUUUCAUGUCGCAUUUAAAAUGUUGGACGCGGAUGGUGAUGAGAUGGUUGAGCAAAAGGAAUUUUUUAAGCUGCAGAAGAUCAUAAGUAAACAGGAUGACUUGAAGACAACAGUAACUCAUGAAACAGAAUGCCAGGAACCAACAGUGAAAGAACCUGCAAUUAACACAACCCUUCAGAUACGUUUCUUUGGAAAAAGAGGAGAAAGAAAACUUCACUAUAAAGAAUUUCGAAGAUUUAUGGAAAACUUACAGACGGAGGUCCAAGAAAUGGAGUUCCUUCAGUUCUCUAAAGGUUUGUGUUUCAUGAGAAAAGAAGACUUUGCAGAAUGGCUCCUUUUUUUCACCAACACUGAAAAUAAAGACAUUUAUUGGAAAAAUGUGAGAGAGAAGCUGUCCGCAGGAGAGAGCAUUAGUUUGGAUGAGUUCAAGUCAUUUUGUCAUUUUGCGACCCACUUGGAAGACUUCGCUAUUGCCAUGCAGAUGUUUAGUUUAGCUCAUCGCCCCAUCAGACUAGCGGAGUUUAAGAGAGCUGUGAAGGUAGCAACGGGACAAGAACUCUCCAACAAUAUUUUGGACACCGUCUUCAAGAUCUUUGAUUUGGAUGGUGAUGAGUGUCUUAGUCACGAAGAGUUUCUUGGGGUGUUAAAAAGCAGGAUGCAUCGAGGUUUAUGGGUGCCGCAGCAGCUCAGUAUACAAGAAUACUGGAAAUGUGUGAAAAAGGAAAGCAUUAAAGGAGUGAAAGAAGUCUGGAAACAAGCAGGAAGAGGUCUUUUAUAGGAAAACAUCAUGUGGGAAUUACAUUGCUACAAGUGUCGGAACUGGGGAUUUCUUAAAGUACUAGAUGGUUAUCUGCUAAAGUCUGCAUCGAUUUCCUGUGUAAUAUAAAGAUGCCUUGUAUUUGCUCUCUGAUUCAAUAAUUUCUUAGUAAGAUUUCAUUACAGAACUUCGUAAAAAGCAAGUAUUCUUUUACGAAAACAGACAGUGGACUCUGUCCAAAGCCUAGGAUUGAAGUAACGCCUUGACUUGGAUAAGAUGGAAAACCUGGUCAUUCCCUGGUGUCAACACAGCAGCACAGCACGUUCUCUGGAGCAGCCAACAGGUGCACAGGAAGAGUCACUGACUGAGGCCACAAUCAAUUCUGCAGCCCUGAUGCUCCUAGUAGGGCAAAUUAAGUGGAAACAUUUCAGGUUUUCUUAUCUGUACCUUGCAUCUCGUAGACUUCUUGUACAUUUUAUUUCAGUGAGCUGUAUAUUAGUUGUCUUUAAAAUAUGUAAAUUUCAGUAUUCUGGAAUAUUCUGGAAACAGAAUAAAGUAUAAAGAUAAAAAAAUUACUGAGGUGCAUUUUGCUUUAUAUGUACUGUUUAAAACUACAUUUUGGGGGGCUUCCCUGGUGGCACAGUGGUUAAGAAUCCGCCUUCCAAUGCAGGAGACAUGGGUUUGAGUCCUGGUCCGGGAAGAUCCCACAUGCCGCGGAGCAACUAAGCCCUUGCGCCACAACUACUGAGCCUGCGCUCUAGAGCCCAUGAGCCACAACUGCUGAGCCCGCGUGCCACAACUACUGAAGCCCGAGUGCCUAGAGCCCAUGCUCCGCAACAAGAGAAGCCACCGCAAUGAGAAGCCCAUGCACCGCACCAAAGAUCCAUUGCGGCCAAAAAUAAAUAAGACAAAAUUUUUUUUAAAAAAGUGUGAUCAGGAGAAACUUGAUCACAUGAUAAGGGUCUCUUGGGAUAUAGCGGUUUAUGGGUGAAUGUUUAAAAUGGUACUAGAAUUUAAUUGGCAUUAAAUAUAAAUAUUUUAAAUAUGGCAAAUAAAAAUUAUUUUUUAGGGCUUCCCUGGUGGCGCAAUGGUUGGGAGUCCGCCUGCCGAUGCAGGGGACG